GUAUUCCGGAACACAAUGGUACGCUGUGAGUUAGAACAGGACGCAGCUCGUCACUUGGUGCAGGUAUCGUCAAUCCCCGCCGGUCACUUGGCAUUCUGACGUCAUCAAACUGCGUCUCAGGUGGAGGAGAUCCGUUGUGAUCGGGUAGCGAUCAUGUCUGGGGGUCCGCCGGUGCAGAUCAGCAUCGAGUCUUCCGCGGAGAAGCAGGUGCAGGAGGUCGGCCUGGAUGGCUCGGAGACCUACGUGCAGCCGCUGUCCAUGUCGCAGAACCUUGCCCGCCUGGCACAGAGGAUAGACUUCGGGCAGGACUCUGAAGAUGAAGGGAAUGGAGAGGUGGCCGUGCCCAGGGAGAACGACUGGGGGGACCAGGAUGAGGAGGAAGGUUUAGUCAAAUUCCAGCCAUCACUGUGGCCGUGGGACUCGGUGCGGAACCAUCUACGUGGCACCCUAACUGAGAUGUGUGUGUUGUACGACGUGCUGACUGUAGUGAAGGACAAGAGGUACAUGCACCUGGAUCCUGUCUCCCAGGAGGCUCUGCCCCCAAAGCAGAAUCAGCACGGUUUACUGCUGGUUUCUAAGCGGAAAUCCCUCCUUGGCGCCGCACAGAUUCUCCUGAAAGGAGGUGAACGGUUGUCAAAGUCCGUAGCAGAGAACCAGGAGAACAAGCGGCAGCGCGACUUUAAUUCUGAACUACUGAGAUUGCGCCAACAUUGGAAGCUGAGGAAGCUGGGAGACAAGAUCCUGGGGGACCUGAGCUACAGGAGUGCAGGUUCGCUCUUUCCUCACCAGGGAACGUUUGAAGUAAUAAAAAACACAGACAUAGACUUAGAUAAGAAAGUCCCAGAAGACUACUGUCCGCUGGAUGUUCAGAUACCCAGCGAUCUGGAGGGUUCCGCUUAUCUGAAGGUUUCCAUUCAGAAGCAGUCGUCUGAUAUUGGGGACCUUGGCACAGUAAAUCUAUUUAAAAGGCCAGUCCCUAAAGCCAAGCCAGGGACGCCGCAUUGGCAGACGAAGCUGGAAGCUGCUCAGAAUGUCCUUCUCUGCAAAGAAAUAUUUGCACAGUUGUCUCGCGAAGCCGUUCAGAUAAAAUCCCAGAUCCCUCACAUUGUCGUCAAGAACCAGAUUAUCUCCCAGCCGUUCCCUGGCCUCCAGCUUUCUAUAUCAUUUUGUCACUCCAACAAUGACAAAAAGUCUCAGAAGACGUCUUCCGAUAAACCAAACACAGAAGAUCAUCUGUACGUCCUUGAACAUAACCUGCACCAGCUCAUCCGAGAGUUCCACAAGCAGACAUUAAGUAACAUCGUCAUGCCCCAUCCGGCGAGCGCUCCGUUCGGUCACAAGAGGAUGCGUCUGGCUGGACCUCAGGCGUUCGAUAAGAAUGAGAUUAAUGCCCUGCAGCAGAGUGAGGGCCUCCUGGAGAAGAUCAUCAAACAGGCCAAGCACAUAUUCCUCCGAAGCAGGACGGCCCGCACUGUAGACAGUUUGGCGAGCAGAAUCGAAGACCCCCAAAUCCAAGCCCAUUGGUCAAGUAUCAAUGACGUCUAUGAGUCCAGCGUGAAAGUCCUAAUCACAUCGCAGGGAUACGAACAGAUCUGCAAGUCAAUUCAAUUACAGUUGAACAUUGGGGUGGACCACAUCAGAGUUGUCCACAGAGAUGGCAGAGUCAUCACCCUGUCCCAUCAGGAACAAGAGCUGCAAGACUUCCUCCUGUCACAGAUGUCUCAGCACCAGGUCCUUGCCGUUCAGCAGUUGGCCAAAGUAAUGGGUUGGCACGUUCUAAGCUUCAGCAACCACGUGGGCCUUGGCCCGGUAGAGAGCAUUGGCAACGCAUCAUCCAUAACUGUUGCUUCUCCAAAUGGGGAUUAUACUAUUUCAGUACGCAACGGACCGGAGAGCGGCAGCAAAGUCAUGGUGCAGUUCCCCCGAUGUCAGAGUAAAGAGGUCCCCAAGAGUGACGUGUUACAGGACAACAAAUGGAAUUACCUGCGGGGGCCGUUCAAGGAAGUUCAGUGGAAUAAAAUGGAGGGGCGCAAUUUUGUAUAUAAGAUGGAAUUAUUAAUGGCAGCGCUGACGCCUUGCUAGAGGACUUGGCUGCUGUAUUACGGAUAUUCACAGUGGAUGAACUUUGUCUUUUGAAUAAACAAUUUCUUUUCUA